AUGUCGGGCUACAAGAGGACUGGAAAGUUCCAGAAGAAGAAUCCAUACAAAGACCGUAAAGAAUACAAAUCAGAUGAAAUCAAGAAGUCCUUGACGCAUAGAGCCAGAUUGAGAAAGAAUUACUUCAAGCUUAUGGAGAAGGAAGGACUUCCGAUCGACAAGAAUGAAGAUGAAAAUGAAGCAGAAAGUGAAAACGAUAAUAAAUCUGAGAGCAGGGGGAAUACUAGAAGAGAAUAUAAGAAACCCGAUUCGAAGAAGCCAAUGAAUUUCGCCGAAAGAGCGAAGUUAGCAAAGGAGCGUAAAGAUUUGAAUAGAAGAGAAAAACUAGAAUCCAUCAAGAAUAGAAGAGAGGUGAUGGCCCAGAGAUCCAAAGAGAGAGAAUUCAAAAAGGAACGGCUCUCUAAGAAAUCUCGUACUGGUCAGCCAUUAAUGGGACCAAGAAUCAACAACUUGUUAGAUAAGAUUAAGAGUGAGAUGAAGUAG